AUGGGGAUCUCAGGAGACCCGUGGGUCGUCAACAGGCGGGGGAAAUCCAGUGGCUUUCAGCAGCGAGUAUCAUACAAGCAAGAAUGUCUUGGCAGGCUGGCCUUCCCGUUAGGAAAACAGAUGUUUCUACAGCAAUUGAAGUUUUGUGAAGAGCUUCCCCUCAGCCUUGGAGGGACAAGAAUCAGCAAUGCCUACCUGAGAGCUGUCGACGUGAAGAUCCUGCAGCAGCUGGUGGUGGUGAACGAGGGCAUCGAGGCAGUGAAAUGGCUGCUGGAGGAGAAGAGGACGCUGACCAGCCGCUGGCGGCACAGCAUCUCCACCGGCAGCUCCCUGGACACACGGGCUGAUGACAUGGAUGAGUAUUCCCAGAACGCUGCCGAGCCUGUCACAGCAUCCGCACCAGGCAGAGCCCUGGCCAGGGCAGAGCAGGACUGGGCCAGGAUUGACCUCGACCGGGGCUUACCUGCAAAGCAAGAGAAGGGCAAAGUGGAGCAUGAGUGGCCCCAUGCAGACCACCUGCUUGCUGGGCUGCCCCAGGAUCAGAGUUGUCUGGACCAGCAACGGUUUGCUAAGGAGCCCCAAGUGGCCAAUGGCUAUUUGGGCAAGCAGCCCUCCUCUCUGGAACCAGGCAAAGACACCAAACUGCCACCAGGGGCUGGGGAAAGGAUGGGGAAGGGGAUCCCAGGUGGGAAGGCUCGGAAAGCUGAAGCUGACUUAGAGAACUGCAAAUUCAACAGCAAAGCGCACCUGGAAUAUGACGCCCACUGGCGCUGGCUCCAGUCUCAGGAUGAUGUGACGUUCUUGUAGCCUAUGGCUUCACGUUUUCCCAGUCCAGCUCUGCCAACCAUC